UAUGUUUACCACCAUCUAUGACAAGCCUGGCUAUGACGAUUACUUGGAGUUGGAGUGGGACGAGAUGCCACGUGAUGAGUUCGGAGUCCCAGCACACAUCCCACCGGAGCUCUCCACCACGAUCCGUCACACGUACUACAUCCCUCCUCAGUACUUCCCCUUCCUCAAGAAGUUGGGCGAUGACACGCCGGAGCUCAAGCCAUGGAUGGACAAGCUGAUGAAUGGCGAAAUGACAUUUGAUGACUAUGAGGAGAUGUUCUACCAGUUCGCCAAGCCCUUGAAGAUUCAUCGACCAUUGAUCCCAAUGCCCUACCGAACUGCCGAGGAGAUGAAGAAGAGCCCGGAGUUGCUGUGGGAAGGUGCCUGGUUGUCCUUCCGCCAACGUGUUCUGGGAGACUACACCUCUAGGCACUAUUUCCGCGACUUCAUCGGUGGCAUGGGCGUUGGCGUUUUCUUGGCUUGGGUUUACACACAAGCGCAUCGCCAGUAUCGUAUCGAUAUGAAGCUCUUCUACUUGGAGGCACCCGAGCACAAGAUCAACUGGGUCACCCCACGUGGGGAUUUGUGAGUCCGGGCGGGACCGCCAGUGAUCGCCGCUUGUGCCAAGUGGAGUCUUGCCGUCAAGC